AUGGCCCGCGAGCGCGAGGGUCUCCUGUCCGAGAAACACUACGAUGAAGACGCCGCCAUUGUUCCCUCCGACUCAGGAUCCGAUCCUGAGGUAGAAUUCGACGGCGCAGACCAUGUCAAGGAGGGCGACCGAGAUAUUCUCAAAGAGACGGAGGAGCAUGAGAAACUAUUACAUAAACCCUCGAGGCUGGAAACAGCACGAGCCGCAUUUGGGUUCAGGGACGGAAGGCAAGAUGAAGGAAGCACCGCCGCCGUUAAAGCUCGGAGGCAGAGGCGCAGGAAGUCGAGAAGAAGCGGAUCGGAGUCUGCAGACAAAAUGUUCGAGAUGGAAAGCGGGUUCAAGGACACCAGCUCCCAAUCCUCGACCGACACCGAGUUCGAGGGCACAAAAUGGGAUAGAGACGCUCCCAGGAAAUCGCAUCGUGGACGUCUGACCAUGAUAUAUCUGGCCAUUGUGGCACUCUUUGUCGCCCUGGUUUUUGGCGCCUACAAGGCUUCAACGAAGAAACACCCUCUGACACCCACGGUUCACCGACUCACCAGGUACAACAACGGGACGCAUAUUUUCCGACCGACAACGAUACUCAUCUCCCUUGAUGGCUUCCGUGCGGACUUUCUCAAUCGCGACAUCACUCCCGCACUCAAUGCCUUCAUCGCGAGCGGUGUGUCUCCCAAAUACAUGCUUCCGUCAUUCCCCUCUGUCACUUUUCCGAACCAUUUCACCUUGGUGACCGGCCUGUACCCGGAAAGUCACGGUGUUGUCAGCAACCAAUUUUGGGAUCCCGCGCUGGAGGAAGAGUUCUGGUACACCAAGGUCAAAGUCUCGAUGCAGCCCAAGUGGUGGAACGCAGAGCCACUGUGGGUUACGGCUGAGCACCAGGGUGUCCGUUCUGCGAUUCACAUGUGGCCCGGUUCCGAAGCGCAUAUACCUGACGUGGAGCCGACGUAUGUGGACAAGUACAACGGGAGUGAAGCAUUGACUCGAAAAGUCGACAGAGUUUUGAAGUGGCUCGAUCUGCCUGGAGAUGAUGACGGAGAUGCCACUGGCCAAGCGGACUUACGACCGCAACUCAUCGCAGCAUAUGUUCCCAACGUAGAUGCAGAUGGACAUCUCUACGGUCCGAAUAGCACAGAGAUCAGAGCCACCAUUGCCGAUGUCGACAGCAUGUUGACUUUGCUAGUGGAGGGCCUUCUUGCGCGCAACUUGACCGAAAUUGUCAACCUCGUGAUCGUCUCCGACCAUGGAAUGGCCACAACCUCCACAAACCGACUGAUUCAACUGGAUGAUCUCAUGGACAUGUCUCUAAUCGAUCACAUCGAUGGCUGGCCUCUUCGAGGUCUACGUCUGAAGAAUCCAGCCCGCGACGUGCCCAUACUCUACGAGCAGCUCUCGAAAGAAGCCGCCAAAUCGGGCAAUUUUGAAGUCUACACCCUCGAAACCAUGCCGCCUCGCUAUCAUUUCACGCAGAAUGACCGCAUCGCGCCUUUGUGGAUCGUUCCCAAAACCGGCUGGGCCGUCGUGGAGAAAUCCGACUUUGACGUCGCGGACGCGCUAAGCACGGGCAAAGAAUAUGCACCAAAGGGGUUACACGGUUAUGACCACGAACAUCCGCUCAUGAGAGCUAUCUUUGUGGCCAGGGGUCCUGCAUUUCCACAUGCACCCAACAGUCGCGUGCCCGUCUUCCAGAAUAUCGAGGUGUAUAAUAUCAUGUGUGAUUCGUUGGGUAUUGUCCCGCAACCGAACAAUGGAACAUUACGGCUUCCCUUGAAAACUGAGGGAUUGCAUUCUGAGAAUGAUAGGCCGGGCUCGGAAAUGGUCGCGGAUCCUAUCGAUGAGGAUAAACACCAAGAGGACGAGACUUCGGAGACAACUGCAGAUCCAGUCGACGAGGAAAAACAUCAGGAGGAGGAAACUCCGGAGAAUUCUCCAGUUGAGGCUCCAUCCGACCCUGACAAGGAAGACAACACGAGACCCAAUGAAGAUCAGGGAGGGAAGAAAAAGGGGAGUUGGUGGAACUUUCUCCACGAGGAACUCGAAAAGGCGAAACAAUGGGCCAAGGAGUUUGUGGAAUCGAUCAAAGGCAACAAGAAGGGCGAAGGCGACCCACCUGUGUGA